AUGGCUCCCUUUGAUGUACCAGACGUUUCUUUCUCAGAACCAAUUCUUCCUCAACCACCUUCUUCCCCGCCCUCCAUUGCUUCUGAUGGCCGCCGACGAAAGCCACCCUCGGUGACGCCGCGGUCAUUUCGUCGCUUCUUCACUCCACGCUCUUUACUGCCCACGGCUGAGAACUCCAUCACCCCCACAACAAGUCGACAAGCUCUACGAGCUCUCACCUCCCCCGCCGUCAAUCGUCUGGGGCCCGCCUUUUCACGAACCAAGGCCGGCACCCGAAGCUCUCACGAUGGUCUCCCAGAAGACUUCAUCCGAACUCCGAGCCGGAAACGAAAGAAUUCAUUUUCUUCUGUCGCAUCUCCACUGCAGUCUUCUCCUCUAAAGAGAGUUCGUGUCCGCUCCCCAACCGGCGAUAUGGACCAUGAGGUUAGAAUUCCCGACAUGGACCUCCGCCUGCAAGCCGCGGAGGUCCCAGUAGCGCCGAAACAACCUCCUGCCGUAGCUCCGGUGCGUCGAUCUCGGGCCUUGGAAACCUCAGGUGCCUUAUUCAUGCGGAGUGUCGCUGGUUCGCAACACAAUCGAGUCACUAUGCGAGCAAACUCCGGAGUUGGCUGGCAAGAUCUCACAUCCGAAUUCUACUCGCAACCACCCGACGUUCACCACUGUUCUAGUUAUGCCUCAGAAGGGUCCCCAGCCCUGCCUUUUUCCAAUGCUUCAUGCCACACAAACUCAAUGGUUGCUAUUGGUGAUGAGGAAGGUGGAAUUCGACUGCUAGAUUCUUCAAUUGACGAGGACUCUGGGUUUACCGAUGCGUACCUCGGAUUCCGUCCGCAUGUAAACUCGAUUAUGGACCUCGAAUUCUCGCCCGACGACAUGCUGCUUGCCACCGCAUCCGGAGAUCAGACGUCUCUGGUCAUUGAUAUGACGACACAGAAACCCAUUUACUGUUUGUCGAACCACUCUUCUUCCGUGAAGCGCAUACAAUUUCAACCGGCAUCCAACAACAAAGUGCUUGCAACGUGCAGCAGAGACGGGAAUGUGAACAUAUGGGAUCUGCGCUGCAAAGGGUUUGAGCGGCCCGCUUUGCAAGUUCAUUGCUCUUUGGAGAGUGAAUCACAGCCUCCACCGCCGAUUCAAAAGAUGCUCUAUCCUCACGUUUUGAACACCAUCGGAGGCGCUCAUGCCUACACUACCUCUCAAAAGCCAGCUCCGGACAAGAAUGAAGUACCACCUGUCGGCCGGACCGACAUUACUGUUACUUCACUCGCGUUCCUCCCACCAGGCCGCGAGAACCUGUUUGUCACAGCUUCCGAGGCCAGCGCAAGUGUUCGACUAUGGGAUAUACGCACCGCACAUAACAAUCGCCGUGGUCGACCUGUUGCCCCCCCUGUCCACAACACAAGAACCGGAGAGUCAUGUGAUGGUGCCCGACUGUACACACUGUGCCGCGAUAAUACUGUGUAUACCUACUCUACAUCCCACUUAAUCCUCGGACACGCCCCAGAACUGUCCCUCAACCACAACCGUCCUCGUCGAACCGGCGGCUCCGACAAGGAUGGCCUUGGUCCUCUUUAUGGCUUCCGCCAUCCCCGCCUACAAGUCUCCUCCUUCUACGUGAAACUCGCCAUCCGCAAAGCAACAGCAGAUCUUCCCGAAAUGCUCGCCACAGGCAGCACUGACCAAUGUCCAAUCUUAUUCCCCACCGACGAACGAUUCCUGGAUACGCCGUUGAAAUCUCCCGUCGACCCUCCGCCUACCAGGACUUCCCUUUUCUCAACUCGCUCGGGGCUUCGCCGCACCAACUCCGGCACUGGCUUGUCUGGACGCCUAGAGGAUACCAUCCCCAUCCAUCAAUCAGGCACUGCUCUCAUUGAGGGUCACCAGAAAGAAGUGACAGGUGUAUCGUGGACGCAGGCUGGAGAACUGGUUACCAUGAGCGAUGACUACACUGCUCGAUGCUGGCGCGAAGGACCGGAAGCUCGAGACCUUCGAAGUGGUGGUGAAACUGAGGGCAAGCGCUGGAUGUGUGGCUGGGCUGAUAUGAAAGACUCAAUUGACGACAAUGACGAAUGA